UGUCACAUACUGGUCAUAUGCUCAACCAUAGUAGCACAUGGAUCCUUUAGGAUCAAGAGAAGAUUUAAUAAUUAAUAUAUUAUUGUUAUUGUUAUGUUAAUGCUACCAAUAUAUACUCAUAGUGUAUAGAUUUUAUUAACCAUAUACUUCAUAAAUGUAGUGAUUACAUAUUUAAAUUACACAAGAAGAAAAAUACAACAAUGAGUUAGUUGUGAUACUCAUAACCAAAGCAUUAAUGUUUAAAUAUCGAAGAAGAUUUAUAAUAAUUAAUAACGUUAGAAUAUCAACUUUAGAUACAUUGUAAAUACAUUAAGGUUGUAAAGUUAAUCCAACAAAAUGAAGAGAGCACGUAUAAAAGCUAUGGUUACAGUCCCAGCAAGACGAAAAACAACACAAGAUACACCUCCUAAUGAAACCAUUGAUGUGACUGACAGUGAUGAAAAAAAUAAAGAUGUAACUGAGAACAUUCCUGUGAUAUCUCAACAGGCAAUAGAUAAUGGUUUCCAAGAAAACCAAGCACAAGAAGAUUUAGUGGUGGAACAUACAAAAAAUGAACCUUUGCAUGUGAAUCAAGAUAAUGAACCUAAAGAUAAUUUUAUACAAAGUUCGGAUGAACCAAAGAAAGAGAUUAUACAGUCAUUAGAAACUUCAAAUACAACACAAAUUACUUCCCCUAUAAAAUCAACGCAAAAUCGUUUGGGUUUCAUGAGACCCACUCCUAAACUAGAUAGCGGAGGUAGAGUAAGAAGAAAUAGUAUACAAGGAAGUGGAGCAAGCGCGAGUGAAUCUGAAGAUGAUAGCAGAAGAGCAACCUGUACUCUUGCCAAUAAUACAAAAAAUGAUUCACUUCAAUCAUCCCAAUCUGCUAAAGAUACUGUUGUUAACAACACCAAGAAUAACUUAGUAAAAUCUAAGGUGGGUCAGAAGAGACGUAUGUUAGUUUCAGAAUCUGCAAGAAAAUUAGCAGAGGCUAGAAGAGAAUUUCAUUUGAAACACGAAAAUAAAACACCAGAUAGAAGCAAACUUACAAUGUAUGAUUUGAUAUAUUACAAUCCUGUUACUAAUCCUAUGAAAAAAUCUAAAGAAUCAGGAGCAGCACCAAGAAAAGUAAUAGAAUAUCAGCCUGAUGAAUGUCAAGAAGAAGAAAAUGAGGAUGAUCCAUCAUCUGCAAUGCCUGUACCUCAAGUGAAAGUUGGACCAAACGGUCAAUUAAUAAUAGAUGAACAAAGCCUUGUUAUAGAACAAACAGAUGCAAAAAAGAGUAGAGAAGUAUUAGGAAAAGAAGCAAUCGUUGAUGAUGAAAAUAACGGAAGCGGGUUUUAUAAAAAACGUCAAAAGAGUAAAGAUUGGCCAAAAUGGGAGACCUUAAAAUUUUAUAAAGCAUUAAAUACAGUUGGUACAGAUUUUUUGUUGAUGCAAAGUCUUUUCCCAAAUAGAACAAGGCAAGAAAUUAAAGUAAAAUUUAAGAAAGAAGAAAAAGUAAAUCGAAAUUUAGUUGAAAAAGCGCUUGCAUAUCAUCAAGAGUUUGAUACUGACAUGUUGGAAAAAUCAUUAGCUACCUUUGAAGAUUCAGCGAAAGAACAUCUUAAUUUAUUUGAAAAACGGAAACAACAAAGAUCAAAAGAUAAAAAGAGUAUGAAAUUUCAUAAAAGGCGAAGAAUUAGGAUUGUGGCAUCCAGUAUUGGAGAAAUGGAUGCAUCAGACAAUGAAGAAAAUUCAGAUUGUUCAGAUGUAAUGCAAAACGCGGAGAAUACAAAAGAAAGUGAUCAGUGCCAAGAGACUUUAAAUAAACCAAAUAAAAAGGGAUGUAAAAGAUCACGGGAGGAUAAAUCAUCAAGUGAAACAAAUGAUGAUAAAGAAACAUUAAGUAUAUUUAGUGAUAUUGAUAGUGAUACAGAAAUUUAUCGUGUGAGACCAACACGAUCUGGAAGGAUACCGAAAGUAAAAAAAUUACAGGGGCCCGAUAUAAAUACACUUGACAGUGAAAGAUCUAAUAACUGUUCUAAUAGUUAUGAAAUUACAGAGCCAUUAGACGAUAAUACCGAAGUAUCAAAGAAUUUAACUUCCGAUAACGUUAACUUUAAUUCAGAAACCCAAUAUGCUGAAUCUAUUAAAACAGUCAUACCAAGUAUUGGUAAUGUAGAACCAGGAUCUUUAGUAAUUCUCUCAAAAGAAUCGCCAGAAGAACCUGGUAAAAAUGUCUUACAAGUUUACAUGGUUAACUCAAAUGUUAAUUCUGAAAAUCUCGAAGAAUCUAAUAUUACACCUAUAAAUUUAUCGCCAGAACUAUUAGCCACAGUAACAACCAAAUUGUCAGACGCGGAAUCGGUUGCGGUAAAAACAGAAUGUUUCUGAUCUGAUACAUAACUAUUAUACCCAUCUGAUGUGGGUUCGCUUUCAUAAUAACCUUGUUGCCAUGCGCUAUAACUAUUCCAG